AUGGACGCGGAUGGCAUGACCACUUUAUUGGAUGUGCUCCAAUUGAGUCCUGGAGAUGCUCAGUUCUUGCUUCAAAAAUACAACAACGAUGCAUCCAGAGCCAUCCAAGAAUACUUCGAGAAUCCUGAUGUCCUGAAGCAAACGCCAACAAGAGGCUGGGAAGAGCCUCCACCGUAUCAUAAUGCAGAUUUGCCAGGGUUUCGCAUAGACGCCAGCGAUGAUGUGGCAAAUAGUGUUCGUGAAGCUGCUCCUUCGCGGCCACCAACCAGGGCAAGCUAUCGAGAGGAGCCAAUCGACCUGACGCCACAGCAUCGUGCAGCCGAUCCUACCAAAAGCCUUUCCUACCAAGAAAACGAUCGAGAAGAACGAGAGAUGCAAGAAGCAAUAGCAUUGUCAAUGGGCCAGCCACCGCCGGGCCAGGAAAAUGGUGUGACCGGCACUGGUCAACAAUUCGGACCCGCGAAAGGCGAAUACUCUGAUACUAAGCGGUGGGCUAUGACAGUAUCAAAAGCAAGAGAGAUCGUUGACAAUCCGCCACCUGCAGAUCGUCAACGGAAACCUGGUGAACCGGCUUUCUUAAGAGCGUCGGAUCGCGACGGCUCCGAAAGUCUUGCUGGGCUUCUCACGAUCUAUCAUUCCAUACCCCUUGCUAGAGAGGCUCUUCUGCUUCCAAGCUACCAGCAAUUUAACUAUGGCUGUGAUCCCCAAUGGUGGACAGGACAUCGUAUUGAGGCGCCCAGAAUCGUCUCCAUUGACGACCGGGCAGCGCAUCGCAACCGUGAUGAUGUACUCAUCGAGACGCAACGUCUGAUGGCCUUUUUGGACGACACUCACCGUGCAUAUGCUAGUAUUGAUGCAUUGGCAAACCUGCAAAGCUACUACGCGAAGGAGGCUGGAUCAGAACUGAGCCGUUUCCUGGAAGCUUGGAACGAUGGGGCGGUAAUUAGAAGCCGAGACGACCCAUUGACUCAGAUCUUUAGCUAUCAUGGGAUCAGGGGGGACCCAAUAAAUGUACUGGAGAGGGACUUUUUCACUUUGGAACCAAUGGUCGACCCUGAAGUUGAACAAAGCUUCACCGAAAUCAUUGACAACCUCAUCUGGUCUGACCAAGUAUCGUUUGACGGUCAUUUGCACGAUGUUUGGAUAGACAAAAUCGGAGAAAUUAUGACCUUGAAGUUAUUAGACCCGGAGAGGAAGCAAGGCAAAUUAGGCAUCGACGUCCCGACUGUUUGGUACCCUGAUCGGUACAUGCAACACUUCAGAGAUGCCAGCCGUGAAAUGCGCAUUCGAAGAUGGCAUAUCCAGAAACAGAUAUUGAAGUUGGAGCGCUCGAAAGAGGACUUAUUGACCUGCCCGCCAAGUGCCCGGCCAGGGAGGUUAGAUAUCAGAAAGGUGUUGUUGGAUGCAGCAGAGAGGGCACCAUUGAUGAUCAAGACCCAGCCACAGCAGGGCAUCAUGAGUGGCGCAAUGUCCAGCCCUGCCCCUUCAAGCGCGGAAGUCAGUGACUGUGUCAAAUCGUUACGAGAUCUUGUCUCCAGCAUCGAGACCAAGCUUGCAGAAUUGGAGCUCAUACGAGAAGAACUUCGUGCGAGAUUCAGAGCUAUGACUGCAGAACUUACAAGCCCCAAAGACGAACCGUCGUCAUUGUCACCAUCUCACAAGUAUACGCUUCGUGGUGUUUCUACGAAACCGCAUAUAACUUAUGUGCUGCGACCGAUAGCUGAACCUUCACAGCAAUCGGAAGCGGAUUGCUCAGUGUCAGGACAGUGGCAAUGGUGGCGGAUAGCGUUGUCUAGUGAAGAAGCAAAGAGCAAGAAUUCUGCCGCGUACGGUCCACAGCCGCAGUCUGUCCCAUUAUCCGAACAGCAAAAUUCAAUUAAUUCGAGCGGACCCUUUUCGCCGUGGCCACCCAGCAACACACAGAACAACCGAUUGUUGUCAGAAAAUACGGGCAGCGUUGUGGCUUACACAAUUCAUAGAGUGGGCGAGGAGGAUGUCCUCAAAGCUGCGCGAGAAGAACAUGACUCACUCACAUUAGUCUAUGCAUCGGAAAAGGCGGUCAACUUUCGAGGUAGCGCCUUAUCAGGACCACUUCAGGCGUUUGUCAAAGCAGAUAACAAGAUGUUCGACAACGAGUUGCGCGGUAUCACACAGUCACAAGGACCCGAGGGUAUAUCCGAUGGGGAAGAGAUGACCCAGCUGCACUUCUCAAAUCUGGAUGGCAUGCAGGAUGUGCCCUUGAUCGACGACUCGGAUGAAACAUUGAAUGGCGAAAGGGAAACCUCUACUCCCGCAACCGUGGGCUGGUCCGCCAGGCGCGAAGCCGACGGCCAGCCGUCGCCGAAGCGCGCAAAGGGAGACGAUGAACCGCCACCCUAUUAUGACAACGGCCGCAACGCGCCAGAAAUGCAGGAAAGAGCUGGAGGUAUGGGGAUCCUAGGCACGGCUCCACCGAACCGCAUCGGACAGCAUGCCGAGAAGAUGAUGGACAGGGUUGAGGAUGAUACAGACGCGGAUGCGAGGGGGACAGCGCAGCUAGAACGCUCUACUAGCUAA